AUGCGUUUCCCUCGCUCCUCAAGAUCAGCCAACAGCUCUAAUUCCUUCUCUAGUACGUCUAUCUUAGCUUCUGUUUUAUCCGUUAAUACCCUUGGGGCUGGCCGCCGGCAGCAAUCAGAUGACAUCAUCCUGUUACGCCAAUCUUUUUCUCCACUGUUUCGUGCAACUCGAUUAAUUCAUACGCUGAUCUUAAGUAUCACCUGUGAUUAUCCACUUGAUCUAGAUCUACAGGCUAUUUUCCAAGCUCGCGCCGUCUGA